CAUUCAUCAAGACACAAUCAUGUUACAAAAACUAUUUAUAAAGUGGAAACUUUAAGUGCCAACUAUAAUAUCACAGGCUUUCCCAUAGAUAUUGUGCCCAAUAUUGUCCACUAUAUACUGUUUAAAGUGCAUGAACUUGAGUUUGCUCAUUUUAUAUCCAUGGUGUCGGUGCUCAAGAAUCAUCGCCCGGACCUCAUAUACAUUCACUGCGACUGCACUGAACUAUACGGCGAUAACUGGCAUAGAGUGCAGGCUAUAGCCAAUAGGACGGGCACGAGGCUAACGGUGCGACCCAUAGAGAUACCGACCCAAGUGUUUGGCAAAAAUCUGAGCGAAGGCUGGCGUUUAUGGCACGCGUCGGAUGUGAGUCGACUACAGGUGCUCCAGGAGUUUGGGGGUAUUUAUUUGGAUCGAGAUGUUUAUGUCAUUAAACCUUUCAAUGAGUUUUUCAAAUACGAAAUGACUAUUGAUUUUGAGAGUCAGAAUACUUUAGGAAGCCAAGUGCUAAUAGGCCAUAAAAACGCCAGAUUUUUGCGAUUGUGUUACGAGACGUUUCGGGACUACGAUCCCACCAAAUGGUACGUUAAUAUCGGCGAACGCCCGGUGCUCAACGUUAUCAACAAACAGCCGCAUAUCAUACACAGAAUGGACGGGCAGUUUGGGGUCAGACCUAAUGUCUGUCAUAUGCUUUACCCUAAAUAUGACAAGAAUUGGCGAAACAUGCUCAAGAAUCAUCGCCCGGACCUUAUAUACAUUCACUGCGACUGCACUGAACUCAGCGGUGAUAACUGGCAUAGAGUGCAGGCUAUAGCCAAUUGGACGGGCACGAGGCUAACGGUGCGACCCAUAGAGAUGCCGACCCAAGUGUUUGGUAGAAAUCUGAGCGAAAGGUGGCUUUUGUGGCACGCGUCGGACGUGACUCGGAUUCAAGUGCUCCGGGAGUUUGGAGGCAUUUAUUUGGAUCGAGAUGUAUAUGUCAUUAAGUCUUUGAAUGAGUUUUUCAAAUACGAAAUGACUAUUGAUUUUCAAAGUAAAAACGAGUUGGGAAGUCAAGUGCUAAUCGCUCAUAAAAACUCCAGAUUCUUGAGACUAUUUUACGAGUCGUUUAUUGAUUACGACCCCAACCAGUGGUACACAAACAUAGGCAUACGUCCGGUGCUCAACAUAAUCAACAAACAGCCGCAUCUCAUACACAGAAUGGACGGACAGUUUGGUGUCAGACCUAAUGUCUGUCCAAUGCUUUACACAGAGUAUGACGAGAAUUGGCGGAACAUGCUCAAAAACCAUCGCCCGGACCUCAUAUACAUCCACUGCGACUGCACUGAACUAUACGGCGAUAACUGGCAUAGAGUGCAGGCUAUAGCCAAUAGGACGGGUACCAGACUAACGGUGCGAUCC